GCUGCAUGCUAAUAAGUUACCAAAAGAGUGGCAGUGUGAGCACACAUUGCAGUUCAGGUUUCCUGUCCCAUAUACUUUAUUGUUUAUUCAUGUGUAUUGAAGUGCGACCCUGAGGACAGAUGAUGAGUGUGUGGUAUUGGUAGGAUCUGUCUGCUGUGGUGAUAGUAUAGAAAUGGAAGAAGAUCAAGUGCCAAACAAAGAUGUCUCUCAACCCAAAGACGUGAAGAAAGAGCAACAUGAACCUAAACCAAAGCGUUACAGUGAAAUCUUCAGAGACUUUGAUAAGCUUGAUUUAUCUAUUCUUUCUUGUGAAGGGGAUGAUCUCUUGGCAGACUCCACCUGCUCAGAAUCCACCUCUGCAGAAAGUGCAGCGCAACAUGAUGUAUCUAUUCAUUCAGAAGCCAAUGAAGUAGAUGGAAACUCAACAGCCCAGGAUGCAGACCUGGCCCUCUGUCGCUGCGAGGAUGGAGUGGAGACAGCGCUGCACUACGCCAAGAUGUGGUGCCGUUACUCGAAAGACCUCCUGGGCUGGAUGGAGAAGAGAAUUAACUUGGAACAAGAAUUCGCCAAAAAUGUGAUGAAGACAGCUGAAGGAGCGAAAGCCAAUAUGACGCAGCAGGAAAUGAUGCCCCUGCAGUACCUCUACACCAUGGCGCUAGAGCAAGACGUCAAGAACAGUUUGAAUUCAAAAAAGAUUUAUGAAAUGAUGCAACAUCGCUGUUACCAAUCUUUGACUGCCAAGAAAAACGAGAUUGACAAGUGGCGCAGAGAAUUCAAGGACCAGUGGGCAAGGGAACAAAGGAAGAUGAAUGAGGCAGUGGUAGCUUUUAAAAAGGCUCGCCAUCAAUACUUCCAGCGCUGUGAUGAGCUCGAGAAAGCUAAAGCUGUCACAGCUAAAGCUGUCGAUGACAUAGCUGGAAUCAAAACACUGGAUAAGAGGAAGAAGUCCAAGGAUGAAGCCCACACUAAGAUGAUUGAGGCAGAACUUCAGUACAGACAGAGUGCAAGUGACGCCACCACUCACUGGGAGGAGUUAGUGAAGGUCAAAGAGAGGAUUAUUUCUCACAUUCGGAAGCUCAUCUGUCAGGGAGACACAGUGCUGAAGGAGGCCACAGUCAACAUGUUUUACUACCAGCGGCAGCAGACAGAGCCUGUCCCCCUCGGCUAUCACAACCUGGAGAUGACAUGCAGGUCUCUAGAGCCAGGCGAGUCCUACCUGCUCUACGUUCUCAGCAGACGCCGCCCCGAGCAGCCUCCCCAAGUCUUCGCCUUCCAGGAGUAUUUCUCUCAAGCCAAAGGGAAACGAAAAACCAGCAACCCUCACAGCUUUGUGUAUGAUGCCUCAUCUAUGACAGAUGACAGUCCAAGCAAAUCAUCCAGUGAUGGCAGGAAAACAGGAUAUGGUGACAAUGACAGUUUUGGAGGCAGUUUGGAGUCUCUAUCUAGUCCUGCUCACACUCAGAGGAGGCUGCCCAAAACCUCAUCCACUUUGACAGUGUCAUCAGACGACCUGGACGAACGUGACCUGGCAUCAGAAUCAGAUUACUUUGAUAGUCAGCCAGUCAAAGUGCGCAAUUUUGCUGUACUGACACACCGACUCAGGAAGAUGAAGAGCAAAAUGGGCAAAUGCAAGCAGUGUGAAAACUACAUUGUUGUUAAUGGGGUUGAAUGUGAGGAGUGCGGGCUGGCUUUGCACAGGAAGUGUCUGGAGGUGUGUCAGCUAGAGUGUGAGAACAGAAAGGGGACUAUGUUCGGAGUUGAUCUGUCUCUGCUACUACGUGACAAGCAAGACCUGGUGCCCUUUGUGGUGUUACACUGCACAUCUGAGAUAGAGAGCCGCGCCCUCUCUGUUCAAGGGGUGUAUCGUGUGAGUGGUUCCAAGCCUCGCAUCCAGAAGCUCUGUCAGGCCUUUGAGACACAAAAGGAGCAGGUGGACCUCUCCGAUCACUCACCACAUGACAUCACCUCUAUCAUUAAACACUUCUUCAAGGAGCUUCCAGAGCCCCUUUUAACCUUUGACCUGUAUAGUGAUUUCAUCAUGAUGGGAAAGGCCAUUCAACACCUGAAUGACAGGGAGACAGCACCAGACACUAACGACAUAAUGGAAAUCGUUCACGACCUGCAAGGGAUACUACACAAACUCCCUCCAUAUUGCUAUAACACUUUGAAGUACAUGAUGUGUCACCUGCAAAAGGUUUCAUUGAACGAAGAGAACAAGAUGUCCCCCAGCAAUUUGGGCAUUGUGUUUGGCCCAACACUCUUGCGCCCUCUAGUGUCUACAGACGUAUCAAUGAUUGCUCUGCUAGAGAACAGCUACCAGGCUCUACUUGUGCAGUUCCUCAUCGCACACUAUGACAAGAUUUUUUGUCUGCUGCAGAGACCCAGUACACCCCCUCCACCAGUCCCCAAUGCCCCUCUUCCAGAAACCCCUCCCAGAGCCUCCUGCCCUCUGGAUGGGGAGACUAAUUCUGGCCCUGAACAUGAAACCCCCUCCAAAGAGCGUCCACAGUCUCUAACAACUCGAACAAUCAAGAGAGAGUCAAGCGAGGGUUAUAUAUCUGACAAGUCUUCAUCCAAUGAAGCAGUGGACCAGCUCAGUCCUGAAGCCAAUGAGAGAGCAGUCCUGGCUAUGAGAGGGGAAUCAAGUAAUAUUCAGGGUGAGCCGGUGAGGAAACCAGACUCUGUUUUGGUGACCCAGCCACACUAUCGCUUCACCAGACAGCCUGUGAAAUAUUAUCGCCAUAACCAAGGAACCCGACUCUCCAACCUAGGUCGGGCAGCCAGACAGCCUGCAGCCUUAGCGCGGAGCCAUCCGGGGAGUGCAGACAGCAGCCGCAGCUCCUCUCCAGAGUCAGGAGCACAGAGACUUUCACAAAACUUAGACGUCUCCUGUGAGAACACCUGCCAGCCACAUCAGGCCAUCACUGUGGCAGAGAAUAAAGUGGACCUCCCACUAAGCCCUGCCAAGGUUGCGCAGUACAUGCUGGGACUUGAUUCAGCAGUUACAUCAAUUGCAACUGCGACACCCUCUGGUACAACACAGGAGUUCUCACAGGAGGCGGUGGUUUGGUGUCAUUCUGAUGUGAACAUAAAACAAUCCAAUAACAGACAGGGUGCUGGCCACAGUAGGGCUCUGUGCCAGUCACCAAAGUCACUUCCUAUUGAGCACAAACUGACCUCACCUGCCCAGAAGAUCCUGUCUGGUCUGAAGCUUAAACGCAGCCAGUCAGGGAAGGAUGAGCAGCUCUUCGUAUGAGGCAAUAGAGAUCGGCCGACAAUCAAGACUCAGAGUGGAGGAUGUAAAAUAAUUCAUAUUAUUGACUGACUGUAAGGACUCCUACUAUCAAGAAUCCAUGAUGAAAUGCUAAUACAUUUUUGCAUUUCACCUGCAACACAAAAUUUGUCUUUAAAAAGAAGUAGUUUGAUAAAGAUUCACUUCACAAACAACACAUACAACAUUUGAGUCACUCUGUAAGGAAAUGCAGUUCAAAAGUUCAGACUUGAUUCUUACUAGGAUGCCACAGCUUUAUUACCACUAAGUUUCAUGUAAAUUUUGCCCUGUUGAUCAUCCAGCUAUCACUCAGAUCAGACAAGAGAGGUCAUUGUAGCCUAUUUAUCUGUAUGAUAUUUUUAGUGUAUAAGAAUGUGAGAGCUGGUGUUUCAAGACUGCAGUUUUUGUUGUAAACAAACUGUAAUGAAUAUAAGAUUUUGUAGUACAUGGAAAAACAAAGAUAUGCCUUAAUUGGUGUCAUAGUUAUGUUAAUUUUUUUUCUUGCACUUUUCCUAUUUUAACACAAGGGGGCGAUCUUCUCUCACUGUUAUGGGAAAAUAUGCCAGACACAAAAGUAAAAGGGCAAUAAACCAUUUAUUUCUAA